UCACUUCACCUUAUCCCACCGGCCCGCCCGCCGGCCCGCAGUCCUGCCGCUUGUUACCCGUCACCGACCGCCAUGUUGCGGCCGCCGCUCCGUCCCCUCGGCAACUGCUUCAGGCUGUGGCCCAGCGCCGUGACAACGUGCGGGGAGGCGCUGUGCCGGCGGCGACAACACUCCUUGCACCCGGAGUGGGCCGCUCUGGCCGAGAAACAGCUGAAGGGGAAGAAAGCCGAGGAUCUAAUAUGGAGAACGCCCGAAGGCAUCGCCAUAAAACCGGUAUAUACCAAGCGGGACACGGAGGAUCUUCCCGAAGAACUGCCGGGCGUGUGGCCCUACACCCGGGGCCCCUACCCCACCAUGUACACCUACAGGCCCUGGACCAUCCGGCAGUACGCGGGCUUCAGCACGGUGGAGGAGAGCAACAGGUUUUACCGGAAUAACAUCAAAGCUGGUCAACAAGGACUUUCUGUGGCUUUUGACCUUCCUACUCACAGAGGUUAUGACUCGGACAACCCCCGUGUUAGUGGAGAUGUUGGAAUGGCAGGGGUUGCAAUAGACAGUGUGGAAGAUAUGAAGUUGCUGUUUGAUGGAAUUCCCUUGGAAAAGAUGUCUGUUUCCAUGACAAUGAAUGGUGCAGUGCUGCCAGUCUUGGCUAUGUUCAUUGUGACAGGACAAGAGCAAGGUGUACCUGAAGAAAAGUUAACUGGCACCAUUCAGAAUGAUAUACUGAAAGAAUUCAUGGUCAGGAACACUUUCAUUUUUCCACCUGAACCUUCCAUGAAGAUUAUAGCUGAUAUAUUCCAGUAUACUGCAAAACAUAUGCCCCGAUUUAACUCCAUUUCGAUCAGUGGAUAUCACAUUCAAGAAGCUGGUGCUGGUGCUGUUUUGGAAUUGGCUUACACAAUAGCCAAUGGUUUGGAGUAUUGCAGGACUGGCAUCCAAGUUGGACUUAACAUUGAUGAAUUUGCACCACGGCUUUCUUUUUUCUGGGGAAUUGGAAUGAAUUUUUACAUGGAAAUAGCAAAGCUGAGAGCAGCUAGAAGGCUUUGGGCAAAUUUAAUAAAAGAAAAAUUUAAUUCUCAGAAUCCAAAGUCUCUACUGCUGAGAGCGCAUUGUCAGACCUCUGGUUGGUCCCUUACUGAGCAGGAUCCACACAACAACAUUAUUCGCACGGUUAUUGAGGGAAUGGCAGCCGUGUUUGGAGGAACUCAGUCACUGCAUACUAAUUCUUUUGAUGAGGCAUUAGGUUUACCAACAGUACAAAGCUCUCGGAUUGCCAGGAAUACUCAGAUCAUCAUCCAGGAAGAAUCUGGUAUCCCAAAAGUUGCAGAUCCUUGGGCAGGUUCAUUUAUGAUGGAGUCGCUAACUAAUGAUGUGCAUGAUGCUGCUCUAGAGCUUAUAAAUGAUAUUGAAGAUAUGGGUGGAAUGGCUAAAGCAGUAGCUGAUGGCCUACCCAAACUUCGUAUUGAAGAGUGUGCAGCGAGAAACCAAGCAAGGAUUGACUCGGGUGCUAAUGUAAUUGUUGGAGUAAACAAAUACCGCCUGGCAAAAGAAGAGCCUAUUGAAGUGUUAAUUAUAGAUAACAGUGCAGUACGCGAACAACAGAUUGCAAAACUAAAAAAGUUAAGAGCAACCAGACGUCAAGCAGCAGUUGAGCAGUGCCUGACCGCCCUCACAGAAUGUGCGCAGUCUGGUGAGGGAAAUCUGCUGGAGCUUGCAGUGAAAGCUGUUCGCGAAAGAUGUACAGUUGGAGAAAUUAUAGACUCAUUGAAAGUAGAAUUUGGCGAACAUCAACCUAGCACCCGCAUGGUGAGCGGUGCAUACAAACAUGAGUUUGGCGACAAUGAAGAAAUGUCUGCUGCAAUGGCCAGAAUUGGAAAGUUUGCUGAAAAUGAAGGUCGCCGUCCUCGUCUGCUUGUUGCUAAGAUGGGUCAAGAUGGGCAUGAUCGAGGAGCAAAGGUUAUUGCCACAGGAUUUGCUGAUCUUGGCUUUGAUGUGGAUAUAGGACCAUUAUUUCAGACUCCUCGGGAGGUAGCGCAACAGGCAGUGGAUGCAGAUGUGCACUGUGUUGGUGUCAGCACUUUGGCAGCUGGCCACCGAACUCUUGUGCCUGAGUUGAUAAAAGAGCUUUGUGAUCUUCAACGCCCUGAUAUUUUGGUCAUCUGUGGUGGUGUGAUUCCUCCUCAGGAUUAUGAAGCCUUGUUCAAGGCAGGUGUUUCCAGUAUCUUUGGCCCAGGUACUAGAAUUCCCGUUGCUGCUGUGCAAGUGCUUGGUAACAUUGAGAGAAAUUUAGUCAAGAGACAACAAUCAUUGUGAACAUCACUGGCAUGGAAAGCUGGUUUAUGAUGCGUUAAUCCAUGCCCUUCUAGCAAAGAAAGAUUCAUGUGACCACCUUCCUGAGAGUGCUCCACCAAAUAUGUUGAAAAGACAACUUCUGCACAAGAUGAAAUGAACAAGGAAAUUAUAUAGGCUGUUUCUUUAGAAAACAAAUCUAAUCAUCACUUCCGAAAUUAUAGUACAGGUAGUUCGAAAAUAGCAUUGCUUAUUAUAUAGUCAAUACUUGAUGCAUAAUUUGUGACUUGGCUUUUGUAAAAUCGUAUUUUAAUAUUUCUUUCAUAUUUUCACACAUAGUUUUGGUCAUAGACGGCAAUGUGAAAUGGUGGAAUUGUUAGCAAGGAUGUAUGAUUAAUAUUCAAAAGAAAAUUAAAAAAAACAUGCUAUUCAGAGUUUAUUACAAUUUUACUCAAUUCUCCAUUCUGCUUAUGUCUGUGCUAUCCGAUUUGAUUAAAAAUGAAUAAUACAAGUAAUUUUUACCUGACAAUCUCAUCGCUUCCAAAACUUCCACACUUGCUGGAUACAACAAGGCAAUAAUUGAUUCUCUUCUGGAUUCAAAAGCAGCCCUGAAGAGUACUGUGAAUUGGUAUGUACAGAUAUAAAAGAAAGGGCAAUGACCAGAUUGCAGAAGGUCAAAGAGUGAGCUAAAGGUUGACAACCUAAAAGAUAAUUAAUUGCCGGUUUCAGUGUAUGAAAAUUAUUUGCAUUCCUUUAACCACAAAGAAUGAUACCAUAAACAGGUUUAAAUGAAAUGUAUAUUUUAAAACAUUAAAAUUUCUCAUUCAGACCAAA